AUAGCUGGGGCGGAAAGCCCAGAUCGAGAGCCGCAAAACCCUCUCCUCCCAAACGAGAGACGAAUAAGCAUUGUGAGAACAGCGGGGGUCGUCCAGGAGGCUUUAGGCCAAAUGGUCGAGGCAGAGGUGGGCCUCCUGACUUCCGUCAAGGCAAAUAGUAAUCCCACACUCAAAGUCAUAGGUUACCUUGCCGGCGAGAUCCUGGAGAUAGGACCAGAGUGCACAUCCCUCGCAGCUUCGUUCGAGGCACACGAGGACUGGCUGGAUUGCUGGCAGCGCCACUGUCAAAGCGCAGCUGACUUGGAACGUUUGCGGUGGAUCAAUGAAGAAUACACAGCAAAGAUUAUGGCCUUCGGGGAGAAAGAUCUGGAAAGAAUACGAGAAGUCCGAAACCAAAAGGUCACGGCUCGGAAAAGCGCGGGUGAGUACAAACCCAACACACUUGACCAGAUGUAUGCUGCAGAAUACAACAAGUUAUGGGCGGAAGCCGAGAACGGGAAGAGCAACAACCGAGCUAAGGGACCGAGUAUUUGCCUUGGCACAAGCCAUCUCAUCGGCCUCGUCCCGGCCCCGGCAAAAGUCGGCGACGUGAUAGUGCGGUUCUGGGGCUGCGAUGCGGCCAUGGUCAUGCGACCGGUGGCGAGGAACGGCAGUAAUGAGUAUUCGGCCUUCGUGCUGGUGGGCAGGGCGGACGUAGCCGAAGUGGUAGAUCGGAAGGAAACGCCGGGGCGGGAUGCGCAUGCUGAGAGGGCUCUUUCCGGUGGCUCCGGCAACUCUCGCACCUCGGGACCGGUGUUGGUGAAGCUAGACUUUGUGACCUUGCAAAUCAUCACUGCCUACGUGACCUGCUGA